AUGGGCAGCGUUUGCAUCUCCGUCCGCCCUGCUGGAGAGAAGCAUGAAGGUGGAGGCAAGAAGAAAAGCAACGACGACCUGACCAUUGUCAUCAAGGGUUUCCCCGAGCAUGCGGACGAAGCAUCCCUGAGUGCGUUCUUCUCCUCCUGCGGUGAGGUGGCACGAGUCAACCUGCCACGCAACAAGCAGGAUGGCAAAUUGAAAGCUGCCGGGUUCAUAGAGUUCAAGACGCAGGACGGAUUCAAUAAUGCUCUCAAGUACGACAACUUCCUCUACAUGGGCUGCCCGCUACGGAUCAAGGCUGCCGCAGACAAGGGCAAGGGAGGAGGCAAAGGCAAGGACAAGGAAGAUGAAGUCACCAUCGUUGUGCCUUGA